UAUAUAAAAGUUUAGCGUUCGGUUGAUUUCGAAAUAAUACAAAUAAUAAAAAAUUUGUAUUUUCAUGUCAUGUUUAUUUUCGAUCGUGACGCUUGCCGAGGUGACCGCGAGGUGAUCGUGAAACUUGUCGAAGUAUAUCCGCGAUCGAAAUAAUCACAGUAGUUUGAAAUAAAGAGCCAAAAGGAGUAAACGCAACAUUAUGUCAAAGGAGAAGCAAGACAUUGAUACAAUGCGAUAUAUCGCUACUAAAUCGCAAGAUGUGUCUAUCAACAUGCGGAAAAUAAAAGAAUUAGCAACGGAGGUAAUAACUUAUUUGUCUCGCAAUGACAAUAAUAAAAAUGUUUACGCAGUAACACGUAGUUACGUGCGAUUGUCGUCCGAAUUUCAUCCCAAAAAGUAUGACAAAAGAGCGGCGGAUUGGCUGUUCGUAUUGAAUACAUUGAAUUUUGCACUUUGGUCUCUAAAGGAUAUGCCGGAAUGGAAAGUUGAUGGAUUCACUGGAUACAUGGCACUGUGCGCUGUUAUUAAAAGGGCUAUUGACAAUGGAAAACCAAUAUGGGAUCCUAAAUUUUAUACAACGCUAUCUAUAGUCGAAAUGAUACAGAUUUUCCAGGGUGAUAACAACAUUACUAUGCCACGCACAUCUCAAAGAUUAACAAUUUUGCAUGAAGUUGGAAAGGUUUUGUUGGACCACUAUGAUGGUACUUUCGCAAAUUGUAUCAAAUCAUGUAAACAGGAUGCCAUUAAGUUGAUGGUCACAAUUCAUGAUAAAUUUCCGUCAUAUCAUGACGUAGUACUAUAUCAUGAUCGAUCAGUUUGUUUGUUCACUAAGGCUUGGACAUUAGUUACCGAUAUAUGGAACUAUUUUGACGACGAAGAAGAUGAACUUAGGAUUGAAAUAGAAGAAAUGAAGCAUUCUACUAUAUUUGUUGAUUAUCGUGUUGUUCAGAUUUUCGAUCAUUUCAAUGUUCUUGUUUACAGUAAAAAAUUCUUGGAUGAACUCAAAAAAGAGGAAUUCAUUUUCCAUGGAACCAAAGAAGAAAUAGAGAUUCGCUGUUGUUCACUUAUGAUAAUAAGAUAUUUGCAUCAAAUGUUGAUAGAAACAUUGAAGCAAGAUACAUUCGUAAAACAAAUACCCGCAUUAAAAUUGCCAGAUUUCGAUUGUACGUGUCUGAUUGACAACUUUCUGUGGGACUAUCUACAAUUACAUAAUCAGCAAUUGAAGAAGAAUGUAUUAUGCAAAGUCUACACUGAGAGCUAUUAGGAUAAUAUUAUAUACACAAUACUUUAGAUAAUACUAUUUUCUCACGUUUUAUUCAUAAACACAGUUUCAAAAUAAUGGAAAGGAAACCUG